AUGAAGAAUCCCUGCACAUUACGAAGGCCGAUGGCUAUAAAGAACCUGAGGGCGGGAUUGAAGGCCGGGGUGGAGCGCUUUCUGUCGAAGGACUGCGUGGUCAUUCUUGAUUCUAUGAACUACAUCAAGGGCUACCGUUACGAGCUUUAUUGCAUCGCUCGUGCUCAGCGCACUCCCAAUUGCGUGAUCUGGUUCGACGUCCCUCUUGACACUGCGCUGGAGUGGAACGAAGGCCGAGGCGAAAAGCGGCUCGACCCCGUCCUCCUCAAAGACCUGGCCAGCCGCUUUGAGGCACCCAUAGAGAAGAACCGGUGGGACGCGCCCUUGUUCCGACUAGAGCAAGACCAAGAGCUUCCGCUGGAUCGAAUCAAUGAAGCGCUCUUUGAACGACACCAGAAGCCACCAAACAUCGCCACCCUUCCCCAAGUGAUCUCCGACACCAACUUCGUGUACGAGUUGGACAAGACCACACAGGAGAUCAUCGCCGCCAUCCUGCAGGCCCAGACGCACGCAAUGCUCGGGGAUUGCAUCCCCUGCCGUGUGACCUCCUGCUCCUUCUUUGUGGUUGGCUUCCUUGACUUGGCGGCGCACGUUCGGCUGGUGAAGAAGUUCAAUCUCGCAGAGCUGCGACGAAUGCAGCGCCAGUUCCUCAAGAUCUCGCAAAUGCACCCGCCGCGGGUGGAGCACAUCGGCGACACCUUUGUGGAGUACCUCAAUACCUCUCUGGCCUGA